GAAUGACAGUAGACUAUGGAAAUGCUGGUCAGCAGUAAGGUGGUUCAGCUGUUGGAAAAAGUCAGUCGUAUACGCGCCAUUGUCAGCGGUUCCAGUUCUCCUGCCACAUCAACUGUGGCUGUCUUACGUAGCAGCCGGAUUGUUGGCAACUCUGGUAGUGCUACAUUUGGUGCUCACUUUCAAAACGACGGGUGGUGGACGACGAAAAAGACGCAGGAAAGACAGAUUGUUGCAUCACGAUACUGA